CUGGACCGGUUCGGAUGUGUUUAUUUUGCAAGCGAGUACAGUUUUCCUCUCUCAUUGGCGUCAGUUCCACACCAAAAAAAAAAAAGAAACGUGACUUCCAACGGUGCCACGUGCUGUUUACAUUCUCGAUAUUCACGGGGGAAAAUGUGCUCAUUCGCAAAUGUCCUUGCUUCCGUGGCUGGAUAAUUAAUAUUUUGGAGCAAACAGUAUGCAGUUGUUAUUAACUGGGAUUCGCGGUAAAAUGCGAAAAGCCAAUUUCGAACGGUUUUCACGGGAAGUGGAAACGGACACCGAGUCAUGGUUCGCGAAAUAAAACCGCACGGGUUUUAUCGGUAACUGUAUGUUGUUUUGUGUUGGCGGUGAAAUUAAAAUGUAUAUUAAUUAAAAAUGAUUGUUUGUGGUGAAACCGUACCGUGGGAGGUGGCGUUUGUGCGGUGUGGCCAAUAUAACAAACGCCAUACAUUCAUCGACGAGCCAAUAAAACAGUUUCCGAUCGAAGUCCAGCUUGUUUGAACUAUUCCCCAAAAAAAAAGAACAUACAGUGUGUUGAUGGCUUUCUACCAAAGUGUCAGUGCAGUUCGUUGUGGAAACUAGCAGCGACGCAGUAGUGCACAGUUAGCAAGAAAAAAAAUCAAAAAAUAAAAACAAAACAUGUGUAAAUAAUUCAUGAUCCCAUUGGGUUGCUGACGGACAGUCCUUAUGCAUAAAAUAGGCGAAGAAAUGGUUGGGCGUGCCCGAGUGAACCCUGGCAACGAAAAUGAAUUGCCGAAUUAAUGAGAUUAAUUAUGCAUUCGUCAAUGUUGAUCUUCGCUGUCUUGCAGCUACUACUGCUCACGAGCAUACAGCCGACGGUUUCGACGGACUCCCACACCACAACAACAACUCCGCUAGCUCCGCAUGAGAUCUCCUAUCUGGUGCUCAGUCAGUCACCCGCCUUCCACGCCCGGCGGGCUGAAGCAGUGAAACAAAGCAUCCUGGAACAGCAGUCCAAGUUGGCCAAGUUCAAUGAUCAGCUAGCCAAAGCCGGGAUAGCCAUCGUCGGUGGGAACGUGCACCUAUCGCAUGAGAUUUUCGUCGACCACGAGGGAUCCUGGGCAAUCACACCGAUAUUGAAACACAUCCGCUCGAGUAUCCUGAAAGCAUCGGCUGCCGGUACCCGGUGGCUGAUCAUCUGCGAGGAGAACAGCCACGUGAACGUGAGUUUAUUAUCACACCAUUUAGGCCAAGAGGAUUAUCGGCAGGAACUCUUUCUCGGUUACCCAUUGUACGACCGCGAGGCAACCAUUAUUCAUCAUUUCGCGUUUUUCAAAAAUCCAUCAAGCUUUCUCUAUCCGUACCUAAGGGCAGGAGUAGCCCUGACCGUGCCGCUGGUAGACCGUCUGAUCCGGGUGCUGUCCAGUGCCAGCUCGACACUGACGGAGUUUUUCAUCGAUGCGGGCCACGAAUUCGCCUUGCUGGUGUGGAACCAUGGAGCCGGCAGCCCUUUGACGCCAACGUCCUACUUUUGUGCCCGACCGGAUGAAAAGUGUGCCAUUUAUGCUGGUCCGAUUGAGAUAGGAUCGGCGGAAACAUGUCUACCUGUUGCGAAGGACGCCGCUCACAUUUUGUUUGCCGUAAAAACGUGCGAAAAGUUUCACGAAGAACGUGUGCCGGUGCUGCUCCACACCUGGGCACAGUAUGUGCAGCAUCUGCGCCUCUUCAGUGACAUCAGCGAUUCCACCAUACCGACGAUUGGAACCAGCAUUCCCAACACCAGCAGCGGACACUGUGCCAAAACACUGGAAAUACUUCAUCUGAUAAGUGAGGAAAUUUCCCGCAAUUCCAGCCUGACCGAUGUGAGAUGGAUCAUGCUAGUGGACGACGAUACAAUUUUGAGCCCCUCGGCACUGGCGAGACAUUUGUCCUGUUUCAACCCGACUCAGCACGUCUACCUCGGUGAACGGUACGGAUACCAUCUAUUGGCCAGAGACGGCGAAGGAACGGCAGAAGAUAGCUACGGUUACAACUACAUCACUGGCGGAGGCGGAAUAGUCAUUAGUGUAGAAAUAAUUGACGCACUGCUACAAUCGUGUGAAUGUCCUUCGCCCUCCUCGCCGGAUGACAUGAUCAUUGCGGCAUGUCUCUACCGGCUCGGUGCUCGACCGAUUCACUCCUCGCUGUUCCACCAGGCACGGCCCUCCGACUAUCCACCAGAAACUAUUGACACCGGCAGUAUAUCAUUCCACAAGCACUGGCAAAUCGAUCCUUACAACGUCUACAACAGGUGGUUCAGACAGAAUGACGAAGUUUGGUAUCAGCAGGGCGGCAAUCUGCAACGAAAAUAUGCUGCUCUCUCUCCACUCGAGGAUAAUGACUCCGAGCCACUUAAGAAUGGCAAACCGCUACUUCAAUCGAAACAUAUCAGCAACGACAAUGAUAGCACACAACAGGAGUACAAUCGUUCACCCCACGAUACGGCGACCGUUGCUUCCCAGUCGAACAACCGCAAUCAUUUGGGAUCAGCGGAACGACUUCCGGAGACGACCAGGUCAUCGGUGGAAAAUGACAAGCGUCAUCAUCAAAGUGAACAUGAAACCGUCAAUCCCUUUUGUAGGAAUAAUGAGCUCCAAUCAAACAGCAACUUACUGCUGAACCGUCAUCAGCAGCAAGGCAGUAGCAGUUUCCAGAAACCGAACAUAAUCAAACAUACCGAACUGUAGUACAUAAAUAGAGAACCAAAAAAAUCCGAUGAAUUUUGCCUGCAGUAGUUUGCAGUAAUCACACAUAUUUUCUAUCAGAACCAUAGAGAAAUAAAAAAAAUCUGAUCUUUUAAUAUCUAAUUCGA